AUGCAUGGAUCCUUCGUCCUCCUCCUCCUCCUACUCUCCGCGCUUCUUUCUGUGGUGACCGGGCAGUCCCCCUGCCCCGAUCCAAGCAGCAUUUCUCCCUGUGUCUGCUCUUACAACGACUUCUUCGACACCGUGUCAGUGGACUGCUCGCUGGCGACCUCCAGCGAGGACCUCUUCGCCGCCUUCAACGACGCCGUCUGGCCGAUCACCGAACUCUUAGACUUCAGGCUGACCGGAAACGGGUACGUGCAGGACCUUCCAUCGGGAGUGUUCGGGAAUGUCUCCUUCCAGAGCAUGUUCAUACACUUCACCGUCGUCUCGUCCGUCCACCCCGAGGCUUUGUCUUCCUCGAAGGAUCGUCUUGGAGAGCUGAGGAUAUUCGACGGCUCCUUGCAGGAGUUCCCUUGGGACGCCCUGCCCGCAUUCACCCGGCUGGAGACGCUCAACCUCUAUCGCAACGAGCUCGCCUCCGUCCCAGCCGUCGAGAGUCCGAGUCUUCGCAGCCUCUACCUGUCCGGCAACCGCAUCGCCGCGCUCGAGGGUCCAUGGUCCAUUCCGAACUUGAUAUUCCUGGAAUUGGAUGGGAAUCCCGUUUCGGAACUCCCGCAGGGAUUAUUCCAGGGGUUCGAGAAUUUGUUCAGCUUCGCGUGCUCUUCCUGCAACCUCGGACCGAUCUUGAAGACCGGGUCCAUGGAGUUCCGCAGCCAAGACCUUGGAUCCGUGUACCUCGACGGGAACGGCAUUUCGAGCCUGGAACCGUAUGCCAUCACGGUCCAUGAUCGGGGCGUCGUGGACUUCGACCGCAUGGAGUUGCCGGUGCUCGUCGUCGGUUGCGUCUGA